AUGCCAUUUCUCAAACAGGAAGCGUCCUCUGAUAUCGUACAACAGCAACAACUUUUACAUCCUUCUUCACCUUCACCUAUACCUUAUGACGCCAUUCGAUCCUUGGUGAAGAGAUAUGUAACUGAUCGUUAUGGAGAACGUACAGUGAUGCUUUUGACAAGUCGUGUAGCGCAAAAAAGUUAUGGAACGGAAAAAAGGUUUUUAUGUCCUCCUCCUACAACUGUGCUUAGUGGUACAUGGUGUACCUCUAUACCAUCAUCAUCUUCAACAUCAUUAUCAUCACCAUCACCUAUCACAAAUGCACCUAUGCAACAACCUAGAUUGACGAUUCAAAUUUCUGGGGAAGCGACACAACAAACUGGACUCUUGGAAUGGUCAACGCCACCACCAUCUGUAUUACCGUCAACUUUUACCUCUGAUGAAUCUUCUUCUUCACCUUCGACUAUUGGAAAAUGUGUAUCCAAACAUCUUCAUAUCAACGAUGCUGAUGAAAAGAGAAAACGUGUGCAGGUGAUGGUUAAUAUUCAACUCCCUAAUGGUGAAAAUAUAGGCACAUUUGCAAGCAAAGGAAUCAAAGUCAUCAGCAAACCAAGUAAAAAACGACAAAGUUUGAAAAACAUUGAUUUAUGUAUUCAUCAUGGUACUACUAUUUCAUUAUUUAAUCGAAUUCGAUCACAAACAGUAUCAACAAAAUACCUAGGUGUUUCAUCACAGCCAAAUUCAUCAUCAUCAACAUCAUCAUCAAAUACCAAUGCAGCCAGCAAUUGUUGUUUUGUUGCACGUACAAAUGUAUGGGAUCCUUUUGUGAUAUGGAUUGUUGACCCUCAACGAACUCAACAAUCAACAAUACCAACAUCCGAUAAUUCUACAACAACACAUUAUCCACCACCACCUGCUAUGGCUUUACAUCAUACUGGAAAGGAACAACUCGCAGUACAUUACAAUCAACCUAUUGUCUUACAAUGUCUUACAACAGGAUUGGUUAGUCCAGUGAUGACGAUUCGAAAAGUGGAUAAAGGAAGUUUAGCUCUUAGUGGAAUCAUGGUAAUGGAACCUACAUUAUCAUCUACAAGCGAAGCUCUCGGGGAUCCAGUCUCUCAACUUCAUAAGGUAGCUUUUGAAAUCCAACCACCUGUCUCCAACACAAAUGUACCUUCAUCACCAUCACCAUCCCAUUCAUAUUCAACAGGUAGAGGACUUCAACAACAAUCACAACAGCAGCAACCACAGCAACAUCGUAACACAUUUUUAGCUUGUUUGAAUGAUGUUGUAGGUCGUCACAAAUGUCAUAGUCCUCCUCAUCGUUUAGCAUCCACUUUAUCAUCCCCAUCAUCUACAACAAACAAAAAUGGAACGCCACGAGAAUCAAAUAUGCUUCCUCCUCCUACUACUACAACUACUGGCAAUGGAUUAGGUGGAAGGCGGCGGAGUAGUGCAGCAUCAUCUUCAUUGGAUCAGAACGAUACCUCACAAGGAGCUUAUUUUGAACAAGAUGUAUCGGAUGCGGCUGUAUGGACAAUAGUGGGUACUGAUUGCGUCAGGUAUACGUUUGCCAUUCCUCCUAGCGACAAUGGUUUGGUACAAUCCGAGGUGUCUCCCUUCCCUAUGGUGAGUUCGAUAUCUCAAGGCGAUGCAACUUUAUGUUUAUGGGGUGAAGGUUUUACUUCAACAUUGACGGUCUAUGUAGGUGAUCAAAGUCUAGCUACUGAAUUUAAGUCUCCUGAAGCCCUUGUUUGUGUGAUUCCUUCUUCUUUGAUGGGAUCCCCUGAUUUGAAAACUGGUCCCAACAAACAACAACCCAUUUUAUUGGUACGGAAGGAUGGUGUGAUUUACAAGACUAAUCAUCAUUAUACUUGGAAGAAAUAG